AUGACACGUGGAGCCAAGGACGGCAAUGAUGGCCUCCUCCGACUGCUUGCCCACCGCGGGCUGCCAGAUGAUCAGAGCCUUCGAGCGAAGGUUUGGAAGGCCUUGCUGGGCUACCUGCCGAUGAAGCGUCACGAUGAGUGGAACGCAAUUUACGGCGAGAAGCGCGCGCUGUACGCCAGCUACCGGAGUGAGCUCCUCACUGUGAGCUCGAGCCAGGAGGUUUCUCUCAACGUCGCCUCCAAAAGCCCAGGCAGUGAGAUAGACGAUCAAGACCUGCUGCAGGAGAUCAAAAACGACGUCGAGAGGACUCGUCGUGAUUUCGAGUAUUUCCGGCGCCCUGCCACUAAAGCAGCACUGACUGCGCUGCUCUUCGUUUAUGCCAAGCUGAAUCCGGGCGUUCGGUACGUGCAAGGCAUGAACGAGAUCGCCGCCGUUCUGCUUUAUGUAAUGUCUGUAGAAACCGAUGCAGAGACCGAUGCCUUCUGGUGUUUCAGCGAGAUGAUGGCUGAGAUCAAAGAUGGUUUCAUGCAAGCUCUGGACCACAGUGGGGAAGGCGUCUACGGCAUGGUCGAGGAGAUCUCGCAGAUGCUGCGGAGCGAGAGCCCCAGGAUUUCAACCGUUGGAAACCGGGAGGUUCUCGGGAAAAUCUGCAGUCGGGCGUUGAGCUCGCCUCAAGGCUCCAAACGCAACGGUCUAGCGCACGUGCGUUUCGGUUCUGGCUGUGGGGACGGAGCAUCCGUCGUCCUCUCGUCCGACUUCUCGCUGCAAUAA